UCCGGGAGUUUCGGGACGGCCUCACUUCGCUUGGCCGUGCUUGAUCAAGAUUUUGCGCGAUCAAGGUGGUUUUCCAAAUUCCACGCACGCUCCCCCGUUGCUUAGGUUAGCAUGAGUUUGAUAUAACGGUAUCGUCUCCGACGAUUCCGUCCAGUGAUAGUUCUGCGCAUCGCGCGGUAAAAUUCUGCUUUUGCCGGUACGUUUAUUCUUUUCCAUUAUCUAAAUUCACUCUUACACAAUCCUGUAAUAGUGGCGGCGUGACGCCAACUAAAUGUGGUUUCUUUUAAGUGGCUAUCUCGACAAUUAUGUUAGGUUUCUGUUUAAUAUAUUCUGAACUGAUGUACACUUUUGGAACUUAAAGUGAAAUAGGUAUAUAUUUGAUAUUUGACGAAAGCAAGAAAGAGGAUUCUAGUUCAGUCUAUAUAGUGCAGGAUAAAAAAACAAACAAAGUCCGGUGACAUCCCACAAUCCUUUCAGCUAUUCUAUGUCAAGAGGGGUUUACAGAGUUUACAUUCAUUGUUUAUUAUUAUAUCUAUAUCGUUGUAGUCAUCGUUGAAUACAAAAAAGAAAGAAUCAGAACUUGAUUAUCAUUAUUUUAUAAAUAUGAAUACUGAUAAAGUAUUAUGUCCGAUAUGUGCCAAGGAAUUCGCUUCUUCUGUUAUCGAAUCUCAUGCCAGCAAGUGUUUAUUCCUGAAUGAACCUACAAAGGAAAAUACAAUAUUGUUUAAAGAUUCCAGCCCCAGGAGUAUAAGAAGCAAACUAAAGCCAGCAAGUGCAAAAAAAACUAAUCAAAUAUCUAUUAAAAGGAAGAGUUCUUUGGACCAGUUUUCUUCUCAAAGUUUCAGGGAUGAAGAAGAUGCACCACAGAAAAGUACAGAAAAUGAAUGCAAAAAGUUGCGCGGAAACGGACGGGAUGUACCCCUCGCAGAACAAAUGAGACCUACAUCGCUACUAAACUUUGUAGGUCAAAGACAUAUCCUUGGACCUCGCACUAUACUCUCCGAACUCUUACAAAAAGGCGAAAUACCUAAUAUGAUUCUCUGGGGUCCGCCUGGAUGUGGCAAAACGUCUUUGGCUAAUGUCAUCGCGCACAUGUGUAAAAAUGAUGCUAGUCGCAAGCUACGAUACGUUAAGCUCUCUGCUGCGAUGGCCGGUGUCCAGGAGGUAAAGGAAGUUAUUAGUAUCGCUAGUAAUCAUGCUAAAUAUGCACAGCAUACGAUAGUGUUCAUGGAUGAGAUACAUAGAUUCAACAAGAUGCAGCAAGAUGUGUUUCUGCCGCACGUCGAGUCGGGAAUCAUUACUUUGAUUGGGGCCACGACGGAAAAUCCCUCGUUCAGUUUAAAUUCUGCAUUGCUGAGUCGAUGCAGAGUGAUUGUUUUGCACAAAUUAUCUAUCGCAAAUCUGUUAUUGAUCUUGAAGCGUGCAGUAAUUUCGCUGGGAGGCAUAAUACAUGCAUUUCCGAAUAAAAGCGAAAGCACUUUGCAAGAUAUCGGUGAAGAAGACACACUAGAGAAAAACAAAGUCAUCGAGAUGGAAUCAUCCUGCAAUACAAAAUUCAUUAUAGACGAACCGACAAUAGAGUGGUUGGCUGAAACUUGCGAUGGUGAUGCUCGAAUAGCGCUGGGAGGACUAGAAAUGGCAGUACGAUGCAAAGCGCCAAAUGAAAAGGAAUUUCUAGACGUUGGUCCAGCUAUAAUAACACUUGAUGAUAUUAAGGAAAGCCUAAAGAAAACGCAUAUGUUGUACGACAAAAAAGGCGAACAACAUUAUGAUACGAUUUCUGCAUUACACAAAUCUGUCAGAGCCAGCGACGAAAAUGCUUCGCUUUAUUGGCUGACUAGAAUGAUCGCCGGCGGUGAGGAUCCGGUUUAUAUCGCGCGAAGAUUGGUGAGAAUGGCUAGCGAAGAUAUCGGUUUAGCUGAUCCGAAAGCUCUUGGAAUAGCAGUGCAUACAAUGCACGGUUGCAAAAUGAUCGGAAUGCCGGAGUGUGAUGUUCUCUUGGCACAAUGUACGACAUAUUUAGCGAGAGCACCAAAAUCCAGAUUAAUGGAAGAUGCACUUAGAGCUGCUCAAAAAAUAAUAGCUGAGCAUAAAGGUCCACAACCAGGAGUGCCUUUGCAUUUGAGGAACGCCCCCACAAGACUCAUGAAAGAUUUGGAGUAUGGUAAGGGAUAUAAUAUGAUGCACAAGGAUGAAUCUGGAUUAAACUACUUGCCAGAGGGAUUGGAAAAUUUAGAUUUCUUUGGAGAUGAUGAUGACGAUAAUUAGAAAUGCUAUGGUAAAUGCUUCAAUUUAGAUAUAUU